AUGGUCCAGACUACUUUCUCCUUCAACGACGACAAACAGCUAGUGCAAACAUCAAGAGCGUACGAAGAAGCAGGAAAACGGAUAGUCUGGCGCGAUGUUGCGCACCGCAUGCGCCACACGAAUCACACCACGGCAGCGCUGAAGCAGCGUCUAAGAUCGCUGCGAAGAACGUAUGGUAGCCGGCUUGCAGACUUCCCUCCCAGCUUCUUUGCAGAGAUUAUAAUGCCGCGAGGACGACCUCCAGCCAUCACGCGGCAGUUACGCGCCGUUGCUGCUGCUGCACGCUGGAAGAUACCCACAGCGCCUGCGCCACCGCGUAUAGCUCGAGGUACGCGGCUCGUGGUUCGCACGAAUACUUCAUCGUCCCUAACCAGUACAUCGGAUCCGCAUCCCGACCUCAGCACGGACGCCUCACCAUCACUACCAAAUGUGAAUACCGCUCAGCGCGCAAUUAGCGCAGACAAAGCACUAUCUCCGCCCAAUACAGAAGUCUCACAGCGCCUCAGUUCACCCACGGCCAGCACGAGUUCAGUACAGCCUUCACCAAGCGCUGAGAGCAUCUCAUCGGCGAUGAACACAUACAUUACACAGUCAAAAUCCAGCUCAGAGACUACGCAGAGUACGAGACCGGACCCACUGACACCACCUCGUUCGCCUUCGGCAUUGGAGCAAGUAGUCACCAGUGUUUUCGCUGGUGUUCCGAGCAAAUUGGUUCGUAACUACGAUGGCAACGCGAUAUACAAGAACGUGGGAGAAGUAAUGCCUGUAGGAAUCACAAUGCUAUUGCGCGAAGUUGGUGACAUGGACAGCCGGGAUAUAUUCAUGGACAUUGGCUCUGGUCUCGGAAAUGUCGUCGCCCAAGUGGUCCUCGCCACAGACAUUUAA